AUGGCGGCUGCUUUCAACAACGAUGACCUGACCAAUGUCUUUGUGCGCGCCUCGUCUGUUCUGGACGACCUUCAGGUCGGCAACUGUUCUGCUCUCGAGUUCACCCUUCCCCUCAGCAAGACCAGCCCCCAGCUCCCUGAACCUUCUUCGGGUUUGACGCUCAAGUACGCGACCCUCGGACGAGGCACACAGAACUACACGUGCAAGGCGUCAGACAGCUCUGCAGCCCCUGUUGCUAUCGGCGCAUCGGCCACCUUGUUUGACGUCUCCUGCCUGAUUUCCAAGUCUCCCUCUCUGGUUGAUGGGCUUCCGGCCUUGUUCAGCGGAGUGUCGCUGGAUGCGAUGAUUCUCUACGCGACGAUCCUGGGUCGCAUGGCGAGCCCAACUUCCGGCAAUCUGGUCAUCGGAGAACACUACUUUACGGCUUCUGGGUCUCCUUUCUUCGAUUUGCGGUUCGCUGGCCAUGGGGACUAUGUCAGAGCCAAGUCACUGGAUAGUGUCUCUUCUCCUGAUACGGGCAAGGACAGCACCGGCAGCUAUAAUGUCCCCUGGUUGCUGCUGGGGUCUGUCGAUGGUCAAGGCAUCAAGGAGGUCUAUCGUCUCGAAACCAGCGGAGGAGCAGCACCAACUACGUGUCAAGGGCAAGAUGAACUGGUUGAAGUUGAAUACGCUGCCGCCUAUUUCUUCUUCGGCUGA